AUGUCCUUUAAGUGCCUGCAGUGCAGCAAGUGCUUUAGUCUAGCAGGACACCUAAGGGAGCAUGAAAGAGUUCACACUGGGGAAAAGCCCUAUGAAUGUAAACAGUGUGGCAAGUGUUUUACCCAAGCAGGAAGCCUAAGGACUCAUGAAAAAGUUCACACUGGGGAAAAGCUUUGUGAAUGUAAACAGUGUGGCAAGUGUUUUAGUCAACCAGGAACCCUAAGAAGGCAUGAAAGAAUUCACUCUGGGGAAAAGCCUUAUGAAUGUAAACAGUGUGGCAAGUGUUUUAACCGAGCAGGACACCUAAGGAUUCAUGAAAGAGUUCACACUGGGGAAAAGCCUUACAAAUGUAAACAGUGUGGCAAGUGCUUUAGCGUAGCAGAAGACUUAAGGAGACAUGAAAGAGUUCACACUGGGGAAAAGCCUUUUGAAUGUAAACAGUGUGGCAAGUGUUUCCGUCAAGCAGGAAACCUGGGGAGGCAUGAAAGAGUUCACACUGGGGAAAAGCCUUACGAAUGUAAACAGUGUGGCAAGUGUUUUAGCCAAGCAGGACACCUAAGGAGUCAUGAAAGAGUUCACAAUGGUGAAAAUCCUUACAAAUGUAAACAGUGUGGCAAGUGCUUUAGCGAAGCAGAAGACUUAAGGAGACAUAAAAGAGUUCACACUGGGGAAAAGCCUUUUGAAUGUAAACAGUGUGGCAAGUGUUUUCGUCAAGCAGGAAACCUGAGGAGGCAUGAAAGAGUUCACACUGGGGAAAAGCCUUACGAAUGUAAACAGUGUGGCAAGUGUUUUAGCCAAGCAGGACACCUAAGGAGUCAUGAAAGAGUUCACAAUGGUGAAAGUCCUUACAAAUGUAAACAGUGUGGCAAGUGCUUUAGCGGAGCAGAAGAGUUAAGGAGACAUGAAAGAGUUCACACUGGGGAAAAGCCUUACAAAUGUAAACAGUGUGGCAAGUGCUUUUGCAAGUGUUUCCGUCAAGCAGGAAACCUGAGGAGGCAUGAAAGAAUCCACACCCUGGUUGAGUCACGUAAGUGUUCCUGGAAAAGCAAAAGUUUGUCUAAACGUUUGGAAUUUUGCAAGUGGAAGAGACCGGGAGGUAAAAACGUUAACGUUAGCAGAGCCAUAGGUUUUACAAAUAACCUUCAAACACAGAGGGAGACUGGAAACAUUGAUCUAGCAGAUGCACAAUUGGUCAUCUUUGAGAAUUACAGCUGUUGGAUUUGUCAAGAGGAGAUGAGUAGUGAGGCUCUUCUUCUUCAACAUUAUGAAAACCAUAUGACCUAUGUUUGUGAAGAUGACUCUUAAGUUAAUCAAAGUAAAAACUAUGGGGAAUUCUGUAGGCUUCUGGAGGAGGGGGUGCAUCAAAUUACCUUGCACCUUUUUUUUACUAUUGUCGCGGAAGACUGCCCUCACGAAAUGAAAUUGUGGGCAGGGGUGGCAAAGCAAAAUCUAAAAAUAAAAGGCGUACCAUGUUGGUUUACCUCAAACCGUUAGCUUAACUGUUUGGUCUCUAUCGAUCUUGCCGCAUCUCCACAGGCACCGGAGGGUUGUUGACCAAUGAUUUCAAACAAAGUGAAUUAGUGAUACUUUGCUUACAAUGUUUAUGUAAUUGCAAAAUCGUUCUGAAUUUUUUGCCACGGCUGAGCAGUUCUUAACAUAGUUCACCAGAAAAUGGGCCGAAGAAAGCAAGAACGGGGGCCACUGCCAUAUUUUGUCAAUCUACGAAUAACUCUGUUCUAAAACUGCCUCGAAAAGAAACUGAAAGUGCCAUAAGUGAAGAUUUUCGGGCUGGAGAAUUAUGUAAGAACCUUGUUUUUUACUGGUAAAUUUAGAAGUUAGAGAUUUAUUGAGGCCCAUCUCAUCUGUUUAGUGUCACGUAACUAGAGAAAUGUAACUUACAUGUACUAUCCCUGGGGGUACUCUUAGGAAUUCUUGUUGUGGCGCCCAGUUCUGUAAAACCUGACGCUAUUUGGGACCAAAAAUGUCAUUUUGAGACCCGUUUUCAGACCAGACCUUUAAAAUCCAUACCCGUUUUCAGACCUGGCCUUUAGGCAUUUCGAAUUCGCAUAUUUCUAUUUCGUUCUUUUUCGUUUUUUUUUUGUGGGUUUUGAGAGUUCUAGGUCAGGGCUUAAAUCAGAGUGCGCGGAUAUUUUUCAUCAGAGCUUUCUCUGGUUGUCACGCCAUACUGAGGAGCCCCAAAGAGGGCGAAACAACUGUCUAUGGCUACAAUCCCGCUCAGUUUUGAGUUCUUUCGGUGUCGUGUUGAUGUCUUGCAGAGUUAAUUUUCACGUAGUACGAUCGGCAUUGCAGUGUUCUGCUUGCAGAAUUUAAUAUGUCUACGAUAAGUACGUUCAUACGCUCCCGUAGUUCCCUCAUAAACCAUAGUCGAUUCCAGAGAAAAAUUUACAGCCGUUUUCAGGCCAAAAAGGUCCAAAAACCAUACGCUUUGGGGCGGUACAUACCUAUAUGGCUUAUAUAAGGGGUUUUUCCACCCCCGGGGGUACUUUCUAACAUACUAAUUUUUGCAUCGUUCAUGUGUUUGCUAAGAAGCCCCCAACUUGGAACACUACUGAAAGAUCUUUAUGAUCAGCAGGAAACUUUGUGAAUAAUCAGAUUGCCAACUUUCCUUCUAUUUUACUUGCCAUUAUGAAACUACGUACAUAAAGUAGUCUAUUUGCCAUAUAAUCAAUUUUGAAGGUCCAAGAUUUUGCCAAUUGUGCACAUUUCCAUUUUUCUUAAUGCUGCCGCCCUCAAAACGCUCGCAAUGUACUCUCAGAAAACCUCAUUCUCCCAACACCCCCUCCUCUCCAAGAAACAAGUGCAGUCAUUUUGGCCCGCCUUCUCGUUGGAACGCAGUCUCCCAUAAAAAAAAGCUGGCUACGGGCCUGGCUGAGGAUAAUUCUUUGCAAUAACCUCUUGCCUCCUCCCACAUCUCUGGCCUCAGAUCUUUAGCGCCGCUGUAUCUCAACCAGGAACGAAGAACACACCGAACAACUACCUGCUACGCAGGCUACUGCAAGUAGUAGUGGAGAACUGAACUGCUCGCUUAGUAACUGACGUUUUUGCUGCAUUUUGCAGGCAGGAGCCCAUAACCCGGAGCGUGCAAACCCCAUACCAGGCCUCUGUCACGGCGGUUUUAGUGACCAGUUUGUUUGUUGACGUAUUUGAAGGCAAUUUUUCCCGCGAAAAUGGAAUCUCCUCCAUGAACGCAUUAGAAGUAUAAGCUAUCAAAGAGGAAAACGAAACGUCAUUAAAAGGCAAAAGUUAUCAUUUUUAGGGCUGUAGGUUUUCCUGACUGGAUACCGUAGAAUUUUGAAAAUAAGUCCCGGGGCUUCUAUUUUUCAAAAGCCCUUUUUUAGGGGCAGAUUUUUGGAGGAGCCUAUAUUCGGAAGGGCUUAUAUACGGAGGGAAAUUUGCGUUUCAAAAUCGGCCAGGCUUAUACUGGGAGCGAAAUUUACGUCUCAAAAUCGAUUGGGCUAGCUUAUGGUUGGAAGCAAACUUUAUCAGUAAUUUGCAGAAACUAGCCUUGAGAACGUAGAUCUUACUGAAACUAAGCCAUGCCUUUACUUUGUCUAUAUGGAACGAGGAAAUCCAAUCCAAGAGUUAAGAAUGAACUAUGCAAACAGCAAUAUAGUGUGACACAUUUUGACUGCAAGCAUUUGGCACACGUAAUAGUUCUUUGGCAAAUGCAAAAAAUUUUGUGUUACUGUACAGUUUUUGCUUGAAUUUGAGGGCAAUUUGCUAGUACAAGCCCCCGGGGGGGGCUAUAUUUGGAGGGGCGAUAUAACGAACGGGUUUUGGGGUUACGAGUUUGGGGGGCUUAUAUUUGGAGGGGCUUAUUUUCGGAAUUUUACGGUAUUCUAAAUUCGCGCCAAGAGCGUUCUAAUGGGCUCCUGUCGCAGGCGAGAUUUCUGCGUUGUUUGAGAUACCUCUGGGCAUGUGUUAAAAGGCGCGGGUCAGUCAUUUAGAAAUAAAGGUCCCUUAUAACGUCUUACUCGGAGACACUACUAAUGGAAAUAACGUUUCAGCGAAAAACAGUGCAGUAGCAAUGUUAGAUUUAUUUGGGGGAGAGGGGGGUAAUCACGAGCGCCGAAGGCGCGAGCGUCCGGGGGCAUGCUAGCCUCUCAACGUUCUUAGGGGUUCGUCACGCGUUCGUGGGAGAGGAAUGAUUGCGUGACGAACCCGUAAGAACGUCUGCGUGGGAGGCUAGGGGCAUGCACUCCUGGAAGAUUUUGAAAUAUGGGGUCUCUGAAACAGCAUUUUAAGCCUUCCGAGAGUAUUUAUUCUCCAUUUAAGAAGUGUACUUUGUUUAAUACGCGCUUCAUUUUUCUUUGUUCAAGACAUAAAUAAAUUUCAGGCUUUAUCGAACUGAAAUGAACACAUUGAACCGAAGAGCAGCGUGGAGGGCGUGGCCGCUGACCAAAUUAAACGUGCCUGUCAAAAUUAUUGGGGGGACCCAGGCGUCCCCGGCCCCUCGCCAUUCUACGGCACUGAAAAAUCAGUAAGAAACAGUAUUAUAUACUAUAGUAUUCAACCCGGAGCCAAUGAAUUUUCGAAUCAAAGCAUAACCUUGAAUGUACAGGAAAUGCGUUACCGUCGAAGGCCAGGGAACUCAGGGAAGUAUCAGAAGUCAAGCCCGCGGGCGCCCAUUCCUUUUCUUCGCUUUGCGGGUAGGUUACGAACCCAGCCCACCCCAAUCACUUUUAGAAAAUUAUAAAAAGGCAAUGAGGAAGUAAACAAAAGAAUAAAACGAAAAAUAUAUAGACAAAUAUAUUUCAAAAUAUAUAUUUUUUGUUUUAAGGACCAGUUUGCUUUGUUUAUGAUUUUGUACAAGUUACAGGUCUACAACUGAGAGGUCCGCCACCAUUCAACGGUUUGUUGCUUGGACUUGGUGACAUUUUAUAUUUUGGCACCCCGAUCUUUGCGUGAAUCGCUCAUAUAUUUGGAAAAUGGUUUACCCGUGCAUGAAAGAUAUGAUGACUAAAAGUAAAUGCGUUGAAAGUAAAGUUAUCCAAUUUCUUAGCCGUUAUUAAAAAACUAUAGUCUUGCAAUAGAGGUACCAUCACGCAAGACGUCUAGCGAAAUAAAAUGAAAUAAAGUUAAAAGUAAUUAUAGCAGUUACAAAAUCUCCUACUAAAGAUAAAAUGUAUAAUAACAUCAUAGCAUAAAUUAUGUAAGAGAUAAAGCCCGAGAACGGAUGUAUAUGGAUUAAUACCGACGUUCGAGGGUUUUAUCUAACUUAUUUCAUGAUAUUAUUCAUGAGGUAUAGGUUACAUAAAGGUCGUCUUUCACAGGGCAAUAAUUGGCCACUUGUUUUUGACAUCUGUUUGUUUGUCAUUUUUUGAUCCGACCGCAGACAAUGACGUAUUUCAUUGUAAGUAUUGAAAAGGCUUUCACACAGCAUCGAGAAAGGGCGUUUCACGGGUCAUAAUUUGUUCAAACCACUUGUUCUCACUUAGGUGAGAAACGGAGAACAAUAGCGCAUUGUUUGUUUGCUAAGCCGGCAACAAUCAAAUUUCAAACCUUUUGUGUUUUUUUAUUUUUGUCUUGGUAUUUUGUGGGGGGCCAGUACACUUGUGAGAGCGGCAAUGAAUAGUGACGACGAAAUUUUCCUAACGCAAAAUACUUUCUCUCAGGAGCCUUUUUCCUCUGAGUUGAAUUUGGAAGAGUUAGUGGGAGACUUUAGAGAAGUAAGCGAACGAGAUAGUGUUGAAGUCGAAAAGAAAGAAAAUCCUGGGCGUAAUAUCGUUGUUGUUUGUGAUAACGAAGUCGAGAAGAGAAGAGAUCGAGUCCAGAAUACCGGCAAACACGAAAGUUAAUACUUCAUGGGCGGUACGUUGCUGGGAGGAAUGGGCCGUUGAACGCAAUGUAAAGGUUAAAAGGAAUAGCAGCAAAGAGAAAUACUACGAAGUCAAUCCUGACAUUAAGAAAGUCGCCAAUGAGCAGUUUGACUACUGGCUUGGGAAGUUUGUUUUGGAAAUUCGGAAGAAGAAAGAACCUGGAAGCGUGUAAGUGACGUCGAAAUUUUCCAAAGACUUAAAAUUUUCUUAGAGUGAACACAUAGCCUGCAUGAUAUAUGGGAUACUACUGUAUUUUCUAUAGUUGCAGAAUAAAUUUCUAUAGUUGUGUUAAAGGGAGAAAUUUUCUCAGAAUGUUUGGCGGGGUCAAAGGACGUGUAUGAUUUGCUGUAAUUGCUCAUUAUAAAUGGAAGGGAUUUAUUUGUAUAUUGCCCAGGGCAGCAGGGCAAUAUACAGAUAAAUACCGGGUAUUUAUAUAGAUAUUGCCCUUGCAUUUAUAAUUAGCAAUUUAUUCAAUUCAUCAGCCCCGCUCUUCCCUGCUACAUUAUCAAGCCCUCCCCGGACUUUCAGUUAGUCAAAUAUUCAUGAAGUCUGUAAGUUAAAUAAAGGAUGUUGAAUAACAAAAGAAAAUGUGUGAUUCAUGAAAUAAUGUACAAUAUAAACUUAAUGUUUACAAUUUCGCUUGGUAACGCAUUCGAGUUAGAAACUGAUCACUAAACAAACAAACAAACCAAAAAAGGAAAACCCGUCACCCGGGCCCACACUGAUCUAGCUUAGGUCCCCACUCCCCACGAGUUUAACACGGAUUUAUUACCAUCAACCUCGUCCCCAGGGUGUCCCCAGGGUCAUUUCACUUUCCAAUAUGGCGGCGACAGGAGAGCGAGAAGACCCUGGGUACGAGGUUGUGUGAAAAGCAAAAUGGCCGCCAUCAGAACUUGAUUUAUGAAUCCUUCAGUUCUUGGUUUUAUCUUCCCUCGUGUGCUUUGAUCAAAUCGACAAGGUCUUGUUACUAAAGGUAAGAAAGUUUUCAAUACAUUAUGGAUAUAUUCAGUUGUGAAAGUGAAAUGAUAGCGGCUAACUACUCGGACGAGAACACACACAGAUGAUCCCGAGUCCUACUACUUUCGGGCUCGAUGUGGGGCCAUCAGAUCCCAAUAACAACGGACCUGAACUUGCUUUCCCAGAUACAAAUAUCUAUUUUUUUAUGAUUCCAAGCUUAUUACGUUGUUUGGUAUCUGAAGGUUUCAAUAAGCUUUAAACUUAGCUUUUCAUGUUUUACUAUAAUAAUUGCAUGUUUUACUAUAAUUGCAUCUAAAUGACCUUUGGCCACCUAUGUUCAAAAAUCUGUAGUCUUGCAACAGGGUUGCCAUCACGCAAGAUGACGAACUGAAGGUAAUGAAAUAAAGUUAAAAGUAAUGACGUGAAAAAAAUUUUCUACAAAAGAUAAAAUGGAUAAAAAUUCCACAGCAUCAAUUAUUAUGUAAUAUUGAAAAUUCAUUAUUGACUCAAAUAUUCAAAUAAGACUUUUUUGAUUCGAUUUGCGGACUUAUUGUGAACAAUUUCGCUUGGUAAUGCAUUCCAGUCCUUGACAGUUCUACACUUAACACACACGUCGAGCAUUGUCACAUAUUAUCUUUGCCUCUGAAUACAGCCAUCUCUCCUUGCUCUUCACGGAUAGCAGUCAACUUGUACCUAAACAAUUUUGAAGAAAAUAGUUGAAUUCAAUAAGAGUCUUGUUUAAUAUGUUGUCCAAUUCAAUUUGCCCAUUAGUUAAAAAAUUAUCUGCCGUGAUUUCUUGAGGACUUUCUUAUUCACGUACAUUGUGAAAGUAUUUGACCAACUAGUUAGAGUUUACUAAAACUAUUAUUCCUCUUGCUCUCAUGGCCUUCGACUUGAUGAGCUAUUGACUCAGAGCCCAUUCAGGCUCGAGAACAAUUGUUAAUUAUUAUUUGGACCAAAUGAAUAAGGUAUAGGUGGUAUUAAUAAAUCAAACUGUGACACUUCAUGUUGACUGAUCCUCUGAGUUCUGCUUUCCUUAAAUCCACAAAGAUGCAAAAUAAUUCAUGGUAUGCAUUCCAUAGAACACAAAGAUUGCCCAAGUGAUAUGAAGAUGUUUUUCUAGAAUCUCCUGUUUGUGUAAUUUCUGUGGUUGUUGUUAAUGAUGCAUAUUAAAUUUCCUUUAGUCUUUGUUAUACUUUAAGAUAGAAGGAGUGUAUUUUUAUUUCAGUGAACUGUAAUACAGAGGUUUAGACUCUGUCUUCAGAUUAACUCCCUGGUUAGAUAAAGGCCAAAGCAUUUUCAAUUUAGGGACGGUUCAUUAUUUAUAAGGAUGACCAGGUCAGGAAAAAAAUAAAAGCUUUCCUCUUUCUUUCUAAAGCCCACCCAAAAAGCACAAUGUCUUUUUCGUAGCCCGGUCAGUAUUUGUGGUCAAAUUUUCGAAAGCCCGUUCAAUUUGACACUGAUUUGAAGUGAGUAUCUUGUGAAAAUCAUGUAAUGUUUAUUUACAACUGGAGCAACUAGUGUAUGUUUGGAUGUUUGGAUAAAAUACAAUGACUUGGAAGAACCUUUGGAGUUUUCCAACCUCGCCAAAUAGAACUCCUUGUGAACUAAAAUUUUCCCUGAAAGUGUUCGACAUUUUUUUAAAGGAAUAAGUUUCUACAAACCUGUGUUUAAAAUGUGUUGAGAACACGUUCGCGAGACGACUCGAGAGGUCAUUCAAUACUCUGUUCCAGGUCUCUGUUGAAUCAGCAAGACAUGGAAAGACUGGUAACUAAUGCAAAAAUUAAACGAAUUUAUAUAUUAUACUACAUUGAUUUAUUAGAUGCUGUUAUAGUGACCUGCAUUAAGUUUUAAGAACAUCAACUGUUUGCAAACUCAAUCAAAACCAUAAAAUUCCUCUUCCCCUGAAUCACUUUCAAAGACAAACCAUGUCUUAUCACUUUCAUCGAUGCUAUAACAUUCGCGAUCGCCAGAAGUUGCAUCUCGCUCUGAGUCAGGCCCACUUGACCAUUCUCCAAGGACAAUAUUCUCCUCACUUUCAUCAGUCCCCUGAGCCAUCAAUUUCUUUGCCGUCGUCUUCCGUUCCACCUUCCUUUGCUUCCUCGUCAGUAGACUCAUUUAUAUCUUCCCAUUGAUCAUCCUCACCAUGAAGCACACGCAACAAUGUUCACCUUAUCUUUUCAGCUUUGGUGCCGUUGCUUAUGAGUUUGUAAUGUUUAAGAUAAUUUUAUUUAUUGAGCUCAACACGAGCAACUUUUGUGAAUCUCCAGACUCCACGAGAUGGUGCCAGGCAUAUUCUUUAAAUGUUUUGGACGCCAAUUUAUGCUUUUGUUCUUUGCGCCCCCUUGUUCUCUUAAAAAUACUGCCUUGUUAUUUGAGAUCUUCUAGAUGAGCAAUAAACAUGUAUGUCUUGAUCAAGUGCGUCUCUACGGCAAAAUUCUCUGAAAACUGCUGCAUCUCUUCUUCUGUUGAUAACAUGCCUGCAUUAAACAUUUUCUUUAUUUUUACACGUGGUUGAAAAUCAUCUGGCACUCGAGGUUGCCGUUCUGUAUGGUAGUUGGUGUCUUAUUGACCGAUUUAAAAUGGGUAGGAUUUUCAGGAUCUGGCACAGGCUGGGGAAUAUGUUUCAUGGGCACAGGGCUUGUCCAUCCUUUGUUGGAACAAAACGAACAACAUUCAGUGAUCAUGCACGGUAGAGCGGUCACCAUACAAAUACUCCACAAAGAGCUCACCAAUUUUGUAAUGGUCAUUGGUGAAUUGUAGAAUUUUUUUAAUGUUCGCACUUCCAGGGGCACGUGAUUUCCUAUUCUGAGUCGCAGAUUGGUAUUCCUUAAGAUUACUCCUUAUCAGCUUUGAUUUUUUCAGCAGGGAGAGCAGUUGUGAAAUCCUUUAACACCGGCACAUCAUCUACUUUCUCCCUGUACCGCAAUUUAUUGGGUGUAUUUCAAUACCAAUACAGUUUCCGUGUAUUGUCUCACCAAAUAACUGUCGCGUUUCUACCACAGUUUUAGCAUAAGUUGUUUUUUUUUUUACAGCCCAAUCUCUUUGUUAAAAAAAAAAACCACAAAGCCCGUUGCCACAGAAAGAAAAAUCUUCAAGGCCCGUUCAGUUUUUUCCCGACCUGGUCAUUCCCAUAAAUAAUGAACCAUCCCUUAGAUCUCUUUUUGUGUUUUGAACUGGACUCGUGAUUUCUUACAAGAUGAGUCCCAGGACGUACACUGUACCAUAACUAUUUGUAACAAAAUCACUGCUGAUCUGGUAUAACUUAUUCAUGUGCUAGAAGUUGCAAUUUGUUUUUGAUCUUCAACUGCUUAACUUCCAACUUAGUUCAUGUGCUUAAGUGUUUCCAAUUUGCAUUCCACUCGUUUUAUACAGAAUUGAUAUCAUCUUCUGGCAUCUGUUUGUUUAAUGUUUGUUUGUUCCAGUUCCAGAACAGGAAGCAGGGAACCAUUACUUAAGUCUGCUUCUUCCUCUCCCUCUUCUUUGCUUUUGGUAAUGCAUUUCACUAAAUUAAGUAACCUUCCUAUCAAAUAACCCUCCCUGUCUGUUAAACAUGCUUAAAACAUAAGCCCCCAGGGAGCUUUAUAGAGGAUUUCUAUUGCCACAUUUAAAGCUGCAUGAUAACGUUAAUGACCAAUAUUGAAAAUGUAUGUUAUUGCCAAUGAGGCAACUGCAGAUUUAUAAUUCUGUGUCUUCCUCUAUAAUUUGAAUUUUUGACCAUAUUUGAUUGUAAGUAAGACCCCAUAUUUGGGCAAUCAUGACAUGGUCUUUUAUUUACAACUCUUGGUACGAGAUUAAGUGAUCCAGUGUAAAACUGAUCAUUAUCUGCUCCUGGAGAUCUAAUGUGAGAGAAAGCUUUAAUAGGAUUUCUUGUUUGAAAGAGCUAUUAGUGCUCAGGUUUGCUUUAUACUUUACAAUUAAAGCAACAGCUGAUCAAGGAAUAGGGUUGUAAGCUCAAAUUUUUGUCGGAGCAAGCUUAUUCCUUGCAGCUGGUUUUCAGUGUUCUCUUUCCCUUUGUAAAUUGAGUUUGAAGUGGUAGCUGUUCAGUGAAUAGGCUUAUACUCUCAAAACGUUUAUCAGAACCAGAAUUUAUUUUUGUCUUUCGAGGGAUUUUAUCAACCAGCGUGUUCUUUUUCAGAUGGAUUUACAUUGAGACAGGCCUAACCUAACGUGAGGAAUGCAACGAGUUUGUGUACAUUUUGUUUUAAAGACUAUCAUUAUGCCUUUCGAGAGAAGCACUCACUGACGUUUUUAUUUUUAUACCUCUGGUACAUUCCACCCUAUUAUUACGCUUUUCACACAUUUUGCUUUACACCAAUUUUUUCAUCAUGUAUAUUACCAUGCUGAAUACCGUUUUUUCACCCUAGAUGAUGCUGUUGAUCGGCGAAAGGCAACCAUUUCUUUAGCCUGCUUUUUUUUCUUCUUUUUUUUCUUUACUUUUGGUGAUGCAUUUCACUAAAUUAAAUAACCCUCCCUCUCAAUUAAUAAUCCUUACUCUCUGUUAAACAUCCUUUAAACAAAAUAAGCCCUAAGGGAGUUUAUAGGGGAUUUACAGUAAUACAGGUUCCACUAUUUUCUGUAUUAAAGCUGCAUGAUGAGCCUUAAUUACCAUUUAUAAAUGCCUGUUAUUUUACAAAAAACAGGGAAGUUUCCGAUCCAAAUACAAAGUCAACAAAUUAUUAAAUUAACCCUGUUGAAGGAUUCUCCAUUUUGAAGGGGUCAUGUUAAGUUGUACAUGUAGGUAUGUAGUUAGUUUAUGACAGGUCUAAAACCACUUUUUCAUAGGCAGGUAUCUUUAAAGUUUUCUAAUUUUUCACAUCUCCCUAACAACCAUCAGAUCUUGCAGCCCCUGCUACAAAGUUGGGGCACCAAAACAGAAUAUGAUUGUGCAUUUACCUGAGAAUGUUUCUUUUUCCUUCCAAAGGGUACCGUAACUAUAACACGUUUCAAGAAGAACAAACGCAAUGUCCUUUAAGUGCCUGCAGUGCAGCAAGUGCUUUAGUCUAGCAGAAAACCUAAGGGAGCAUGAAAGAGUUCACACUGGGGAAAAGCCUUAUGAUUGUAAACAAUGUGGCAAGUGUUUUGGCCGAGCAGAACACCUAAGGAAUCAUGAAAGAGUUCACACUGGGGAAAAGCCUUAUGAAUGUAAACAAUGUGGCAAGUGUUUUAGCCAAGCUGGACACCUAAGGAUUCAUGAAAGAGUUCACACUGGCGAAAAGCCUUAUGAAUGUAAACAAUGUGGCAAGUGUUUUGGCCGAGCAGGACACCUAAGGAUUCAUGAAGCAGUUCACACUGGGAAAAAGCCUUAUGAAUGUAAACAGUGUGGCAAGUGUUUUAGCCAAGCAGGAACCCUAAGGAUUCAUGAAAGAAUUCACACUGGGGAAAAGCCUUACAAAUGUAAAGAGUGUGGCAAGUAUUUCAGUCAAGCAGGAUACCUAAGAAGUCAUGAAAGAGUUCACACUGGGGAAAAGCCUUACGAAUGCAAACAAUGUGGCAAGUGUUUUAGCCAAGCAGGAAACCUAAGGAGUCAUGAAAGAAUUCACACUGGGGAAAAGCCUUACGAAUGUAAACAGUGUGGCAAGUAUUUUAGCAAAGCAGGAGACCUAAGAAGUCAUGAAAGAGUUCACACUGGGCAAAAGCCUUACGAAUGUAAACAAUGUGGCAAGUGUUUUAGCAAAGCAGGAAACCUAAGGAGUCAUGAAAGUAUUCACACUGGGGAAAAGCCUUAUGAAUGUAAACAGUGUGGCAAGUGUUUUAGCGAAGCGGGAAACCUAAGGAUUCAUAAAAGAGUUCACACUGGGGAAAAGCCUUAUGAAUGUAAACAGUGUGGCAAGUGUUUUAGCCAAGCAGGAACCCUAAGGUUUCAUGAAAGAAUUCACACUGGGGAAAAGCCUUACAAAUGUAAACAGUGUGGCAAGUAUUUUAGUCAAGCAGGAUACCUAAGAAGUCAUGAAAGAGUUCACACUGGGGAAAAGCCUUGUGAAUGUAAACAAUGUGGCAAGUGUUUCAGCCGAGCAGAUCACCUAAGGCGUCAUGAAAGAAUUCACACUGGGGGAAAGCCUUAUGAAUGUAAACAGUGUAGCAAGCGUUUCAGUGUAGCAGGAGACCUGAGGAAGCAUGAGAGAAUCCACACC